CCCUUCUGUGAAAAUGGUCGCGAUAUUCUUUCUGCUUUCUUGUGUUGUCCUGGUAUCUUCAGAACAUUCCGGAGCGUACUCGUCACCACAGUACGCCAAGAAAAUGUAUCCAAAGGGUUACGAUACCAACGCGCUUCUACCCAGGGAAAAACCACCAGUUCAGUUUAAACGUCACGUCAGUAUUGAUAGACAUGACGAAGAAAAAAAUGAGACGGAACAGUAUGGACGAUCAACUUUUAUGGAUACAGCGAGCGACUUUCUCAGUGGCACAGGAGGACAACUCAUGUCAGGUCUGAUGAAGGAUUUCGUAGCAAGAUCUACAGGCAGCAGCCAGGUGUUAAGUCUGAACCUAACGAACUUAGUAAUCCUGAUAGUUCUGAAGGCGCUCAUCCUGGCUGCAGGCUUCUUUGGCGCCGGAGCAUGGAAAGGCCAUCAUUACGCUAGAAGCCUUGAUGAUAAUAAAAACGCCACGUUCAUAUCCGAAGACGAGGUGAUGUUGUACUUAAGCUACCUAGCAGGCCAGCAGAACAACGACUUUGGCUGUCUAUACAAGCUUUCCUGCAAAAGGCCUCACCAGGCCUCUUUGUAUUCUUCGGGUGCUGAGUUGCUCCUGCAGGGCGUUCAACUUAUACAAGGGAAAAGUCUAGAAUUAGAACCCUAUGAAGAAGUCUCAAGAAGUAUUAAAGAAGCAGCGGAGUGGGGCGAAAGCGGAAACUCAUGUGAAACACGCUACCGAUGCGGCGAAUAACAAAAACAAAAAUGUUUUCUUCUAUGAAAGAUUAGCUUCAAUUAUUAUCAUUUCAAUGUCUUCACGUUGUA